CAGCACAGAGGAAGAUUCCGGCUUAGCGAGUGAAGAUCGCGGCGAGAAAGUCAAGAGACUCCGCGAUCACCGUGGCGGAGAUCACAGCUCUCAUCCGCGGCACGGAAGCAGAAACCCCGCAGAGGGAUCACUCCCGUUACCGGACUCCCGGUGCUCCGCGAUAAGACCCGGCCUGAGGUGUCGAGUUCACGGAAGCUUUUCCCAAGGACUCGCCGAGGAUCGCCAGAGUCUCCCGCACUAUGGGAAACGCAGCGACCGCCAAGAAAGGCAAUGAACUGGAGAGCGUCAAAGAGUUCCUAGCCAAAGCCAAAGAAGAUUUCUUGAGAAAAUGGGAAUCGCCACAACAGAGCACAACUUGUUUAGAUGACUUUGACAGACUGAAGACACUGGGCACGGGAUCUUUCGGGCGAGUCCUGUUGGUUAAACACAAGGCUUCAGAUCAGUUCUAUGCCAUGAAAGUCCUGGACAAACAAAAGGUGGUGAAGUUGAAACAAGUGGAGCAUACGCUAAAUGAGAAGAGAAUAUUACAAGCAGUUUCCUUCCCAUUCCUCGUCAGAUUGGAAUAUGCCUUCAAGGACAACUCUAAUUUGUAUAUGGUGAUGGAGUAUGUACCAGGAGGAGAGAUGUUCUCGCAUCUUAGACGAAUCGGGAGGUUUAGUGAACCACAUGCACGGUUUUAUGCUGCACAGAUCGUCCUGACCUUUGAGUACCUCCACUCACUAGACCUCAUCUAUAGAGACCUGAAACCUGAAAACCUACUUAUUGACCAGCAUGGAUAUAUACAGGUAACAGACUUUGGAUUUGCGAAAAGAGUAAAAGGCAGAACCUGGACAUUAUGUGGAACUCCAGAGUAUCUGGCGCCUGAGAUCAUCCUCAGCAAGGGAUACAACAAAGCUGUGGACUGGUGGGCCCUCGGCGUUCUCAUAUAUGAAAUGGCAGCUGGAUAUCCUCCAUUUUUUGCAGACCAGCCCAUUCAGAUCUAUGAGAAAAUUGUGUCUGGAAAGGUACGCUUCCCGUCGCACUUCAGUUCAGAUUUGAAGGAUCUGCUGAGGAAUCUGCUGCAGGUGGACCUAACCAAGCGCUUCGGCAACCUGAGGAAUGGUGUCAAUGAUAUCAAAAACCACAAAUGGUUUGCCACAACGGAUUGGAUAGCCAUCUAUGAGAGAAAGGUGGAGGCGCCAUUCAUACCAAAGUGCCGAGGUCCAGGAGACACAAGCAACUUUGACGACUACGAAGAGGAAGACAUCCGCGUAUCUGUUACAGAAAAAUGUGCAAAGGAGUUCUCCGAGUUUUAGUUACGGGACACAUCAACGCUAGACACAUGCAUGUAUACAUAUAUUCACCUAUAGCGGUAUAUGUAUACAUGCGUUUGUGUGUGUGCGCUUCACACCACACGUCAGACAAAGGGUUUCUUUGCACUCUAAAGACAUGGGAAGAGCAGAGAGCACAUCUACACCCUUCAGCGUCUCGUGUACUUCCUUCAUUCCAUCCGCUUUAGAGAGGUUUUUCACGCUCUUAAAACCAUCAUGCACUGGCACAUCUCUCGCAGUCACUCCCGUAUCGAUCCAUCUUUACGUUCUUCCCUGUUUCAAAGAUUAUUUUUGAAAGUAUGUUAAAAAGGGGAGGAAAAACACACACAAAAACACAAAAGGCCAAUUCAGCAUUGUUACGUGUUGUUUUUUUAAUGUUUCAUGGCACCGGCACACAGUGUUGUGAUUUCGAAGGCGUUUAUCUGCGCUUUCUGGCAUUUUUGGUGUUACACGUCUUUUUCGUUUUUCCGUUUUAGACCAAAACAACUGACAGUUUGUUUAUUAUUUUGUUACGUGUGCAUAUCUAUUGAUUUCAGAGUGGUUUUUUACUUGAUUUGAACCACCUUGUGUGUUGAACGCAUGACCAAAACCAUCGUGUUGUGAACGGCAGAGGAGGAGAUCGUAAAUCUUCGGACUUGCCUUAGAAAUCUGGAUAUUACCGAGCCCACAGAGCGAACGUUUUAGUCACCGUGAAGGUCCAGUCUCAUGCAUAUACUGACAGAUAAUGUUAGCAAUAUAAAAUCGAUCUUAUUUUACCACUUUUUGUGCAUUUUUUUUAGUCAUUAUACAAAAAAAAAAAAAGUUUUAUCAUGAAAUGUUGGAAUAGUGCACCCAGAAAUGAAAAUUACCCUAAAAUACUCACCUUCAAGCCAUUCUCUGUGUAUUUUUAUUGUCAGACGAGCACAUUCGUAGUAGUGUAAAAUUUUGUCCUGGCUCUUUUUUUACUGUAUAAUCAUGCUGGAUAGUGACUUUUAUUUUGAAGCUUGAAGGAAUGCAUUAAUUCAUCGUAAACGAACUCAUUCGCCACUAGGGGGUUAAUUCAUUUCGUAUGAAGAGGAUCAAUGUGUUUUUGCAUCAGAAAUAUUUCACAAUUUUUAUUUUAAACUCCAAUAAUUUCCGGCUGUGCUCGAAUGCACGUUAUGCGCGACUGACGUAAAUGACGUACAAUGUAAGUCACAUUCGUUUUGGAAGCUCUGCAGUUAGAUGCAUUUUUCGGGAAUCUCUUAUCACAUGGUUUACCACAGAAUAUAACGACGAACAAGAAAAUUGUUUCGAUUAAUGUUAUACAACAUAAUACUCUUAAGUUGACACAUACUAGCGUCUAACCAAACUUGCGUCGUGCAUUAUACGUCGUAUAUAUCAGUCGCACAUAACGUACAUUGAUUGCAAUAUGUAAUCGAAUAAUUAUGCAUAUUGUUGUCACAAAAACGCUUGAAUCAGCUUUAAGACUUGCGUUAACCACCUGGUGACGUAUUUGCUUAGUUUGACGACAGAUUUAAGCACUUUUUUUUGGAAGCUUCAAAAUAAAAGUCCCUUUCCAACACCAUUGUACUGCUAGGAUCUUAAACAAUGCAAGUGCGGCUUUUGUUCCAUAGUAAGGGCGACAAUUGAAUGCAUGUUAUGCAUGACUGACGUUUACAACGUUUAACGCAAUUAUGUUAGACGGGUAAACACACAUAUGUAGCAUUGCUAGAGAACGCCAAACCAAUAAAUAUUCUUGUUCGUCGUCAUCUUUAAAUGUAAAAAAAUUAAAUGCGUGACUGACGUAUAUGACGUAAAAUGCCAUAAGAAUGGUGGACGCAUGUACGUAGUAUUGUAAUUGUAAUAUACUGAAUAAUGUGAUACAGUAGCGCCAAACCAACAAAUUUUCUUAUUCAUCAUCAUCUUCUGACUGUUGUAGGUGGUUUCCAUGAGAUGCCUCUAUUCUUUCGCUAUUAAUACAUCAUGCAUUAUACGCCGUAUACGUCAGUCAUGAUAAUGUACAUCCGCCCACCACUGGAAGUCAAUGAUUCAAUUGCUUCAAAAUAAAAGACACUAUUAAAUUGCUAUAAUGUUUAAACGAUGCUCGUGCGGCUUUCGUUUCCAUAGUAACAGUUUGACGGCGCUCUUUAGGAUUGUUGAUAACUGGAAUAUUUCAAAAUUUUUAAUGAUAAAAAAAUGAAUGACGUUUACAAUGUUUGACACAAUUACGUAAGACGGGUAAACACACAUACCUGAUAUUGAAUGAGAACGUGAAACCAAUGAAUUUUCUGAAAGUCAACGACUAAAUUUGAGCAAAAUUGUAAAUAUUUUUCUUGCAAAAACACAUUGAUCUGCUUCAUAAGACAUGCGUUAAUUACCCGACAGCAUAUGCGUUAGUUUGACAACAGAUUUAUGCACAGAAAGCCUCGAUAAAUUAUCGGUACAUUUCAAUCUCUGACUUCAAUUGAAUACAUGUUAUGUGCAACUGAAGUUUGUGACGUUUAACGUAAUUACAUAAGACGGGUAUUGUAAGAAAACGCCAAACCAACAAAUUGUUUUGUUUAUCAUUGUCUUCUGUGGUAAACUGUUGUAAGUGGGUCCUGUGAGACAUGUCUGUUCUUCCACUAUUAAAAUGUCAUGCGUUAUACAUCGUGUACGUCAGUCACGCAUAUAACGUACAAUCGCCCACCACUGGAAGCCAAUGAUUAAAUUUUAGCAAAAUUGUAAAUAUUCCUGAUACAAACUCCCCCACCGUAUCUUCCCCCCCCCCCCUUCUGAAGAACUGCCUUCUUCAAAAAUCAGUAACUGCCUUCAGGCAACGGCCGAAUGCAUGUUAUGCGCGACUGACGUUUAACAUAAUUACGUAUGACAGGUAAACUCAUACGCGGUAUUGUUAGAGAACACCAAGCCAACUAAUUUUAUCGUUCGUUAUCAUCUUCUUUAGUAUGCAAAUUGAUAUAGGUGCUUCCCAUGAGACGUGUCUUUUCUUCCGAUAUUAAUACUCAUGCGUUGUACGUUGUAUACGUCAGUCGCGCAUAUAACGUACAUUUGACCACCACUGGAAGUCGAUGAUUAAAUUUUAGCAAAAUUGUGAAUGUUUUUGUUACGAAAACACAUCAAUCUGCUUCAUAAGACACGCAUUAAUGACCUGACAGCGUAUAGGUUAGUUUGAUGACAGAUUUCUGCAUUUUUUUUCAAAAUAAAAGUCCCUAUCUAACACCAUUGAAUUGCUAGAAUGUUGAAACAAUGCUUGUGCGGCUUUCGUUUCCAUAGUAACAGAUUGACGGGGCUCUCCAGGACAACUGGAAUUUUUCAAAUUUUUAAAUGAUAAAAAUCAGUAACUGCCUUCAGGCAACGGCCGAAUGCAUGUUAUGCGCGACUGACGUUUAACAUAAUUACGUAUGACAGGUAAACUCAUACGCGGUAUUGUUAGAGAACAUCAAACCUACAAAUUUUCUCGUUCGUUAUCAUCUUCUUUAGUAUGCAAAUUGAUAUAGGUGCUUCCCAUGAGACGUGUCUUUUCUUCCGAUAUUAAUACUCAUGCGUUGUACGUUGUAUACGUCAGUCGUGCAUAUAACGUACAUUCGACCACCACUGGAAGUCGAUGAUUAAAUUUUACCAAAAUUGUGAAUGUUUUUGUUACGAAAACACAUCAAUCUGCUUCAUAAGACACGCAAUAAUUACCUGACAGCGUAUAGGUUAGUUUGACGACAGAUUUAUGCUUUUUUUUUCAAAAUAAAAGUCCCUAUCCAACAACAUUGAAUUGCUAAAAUGUUGAAACGAUGCUUGUGCGGCUUUCGUUUCCAUUGUAACCAAUUGACGGUGCUCUCCAAGUUUGUUGUAAACAAUGAAAAUAUUUCAAUUUUAUAAUAAAAGUCCCUAUCCAACACCAUUAUACGAUAUGAAAGAGCCAGGAUAAAAUGUAAAACCUGUGUUCGUCUAACAAAAAAUAAAUGAAUUAGGAGUAAUUUUCAUUUUUUGAGGUCAACUAUUCCUUUCCGGAUUGGUUCACUUUGAUCAUUUCAGCAGUGCUGUUGUUUAUAAUUGGCUAUUUAAAGACACAGUUCACCCAAAAAUGUAAAUUCUGUCAUCAUUUACUCAUCUUUCACUUGUUUGAAACCUCUUUGAGUGUUUCUGUUGAACACUAAAGAAGACAUUUCGAAGAAUGCUGAUUGAUGGCACCCAUUGACUUCCAUUGUUUUUCUUUCUAUAGAUGUCGAUGGGUAGCGUUCACCAGAGUUUUAAAUACUAAAAUAUCUCUUUGGUGUCCAACAUAAGAAACUCAAAGGUUUUAAAUCACGCAAAGGGAAUAAUUUGUGCGCUAAUUAAAUUUUUGGGGUGAACUAUCCCUUUAAAAUGAAGAUAAACAGCGAAUGCAUUGGUGCAGUUGAGCUCGAUGAUCACAGCGAGGCACUUAUCAGUUACAUAUCAGUUACUUUUAUUUAUUUUUUGGGGUCACCAGUUUUAAUUCGUCAACGUUGAAGCUGUUUUGCAAAGUUCUCUCUUAACCGAAAAAAAUUGUAAAACUGCCAAAACGCCGUGUUGUCGUCUCCAUCGUUGCUGUUAUACUUCUGUCGUUCUUUUGUUUUUAUGACCGAAUGUAGUGUUGAAACUUCUAGGUAUGCAUAUUGUUUGAAGAGUUUGAAUUUUGAGGUACUUUCUCACAGACAUAUACUAAGAAAUAAUGUUACAAAGAGAGGAGGAAGAGGAGGAGGAGGAGAUGGGAAGAAGAGCGGGGGUUAGUGAGCCUCUUCUUUGUAUCACGUAUAAUCCAGUUAUUGUUCAGCUCAUAAUGCGUAUAUGCAUUAUUUCUUAUAAAUGUUUUUAUUUAUACACACAUUAGAGAGAUGCUAAUAAAUUUUAUUUUUAA